GCGGACCGGGCAGCAACAAGUCUUCACUGUGCCAAAAGGCGGCGCGCCAGACCCCCGGCUGGGCGCACGUCUCCAUCGGGAGGCUGCUGAGGCAGGCCGCGGAGCAGGCCCCGGACCCGCGGCAAGGCGGCGACGCGCACCUCGUGCGCCACGCCAUCUCCAACGGCGAGAUGGUCCUGCCGGCGUACGUCAUACAGCUCCUCGAGUCCGCGCUCAACGCCAACGCGCGCGCGCAGGGCAUCAUCGUUGACGGCUUCCCCCGGGACAUGAGCCAGGUGCUGGACUUCGAGAGCAGGUUCAAACAGCAGCCCCCAGUGCUUCUGCUGGACUGCUCCAAGCUGCAGCUGGGCCGCGGCCGCCUGGACGACACGGUGGCCGCCUUCCGCAGGCGCCUCGAGCUCUUCAGGGAGCUCACCCUGCCCAUGCUGCGCACCAUGGACCAGGAGAACCGGCUCACCAUCGUGGACGGCGACACGGACAGCAAGCAGGUGCAGGACGAGUUCUACCGCGCCGUGCAGGGCCACAUGGAGUCCCUGCGGCUGUCCCCGGGCGGCGGGGGUGGGCCCGGCCUGCAGGGCGUGCUGCCCCGCGCCGAGAUGCAGUUCGACACGAUGCUGCACGACUUGGAGGCCGAGGACGAGCCGCCGGGGCCACCGGUGGUCGCCAACGGCCCUCGCCGCACCGGCGGCGCCAGGCCCAUCGCCAACGGCGUGGCGCUGGGGGUGAACAGCCACGCGCUGCACGGGCCCGCGGGCGGCGCCAACAACGGCAGCCUCUUCGGGGGCGCCGUCAACCCCCCCGGCCGGACCCGGGUCCCCGUCCACGUCCUCAACGGCGGCUACCCGCAGCCCAGGCCGUCCAGGGACACCAUCCGGCACAUGUACGCCGACGUCGAGGCGUACCCGGUCGACUCGCACAUGUGAAGCAGACCGAUGGCGUGAACACACCAACGCGCCGCGCAGUGCUAGUGUCCUCCACCCCACCCCCCGUCUCUGUCGUACCCAGAGCCGGCUACUGGGUGCAUCAGAGACGGGAGACACGGCAGAGUGCUUACUCAAGACACUCACGAACGGCCGUCUCUACCGGUCGUUGGCAGUACAAAGAACCACGUGAUUAUUUUAUGAGUUUGUUCUCCGCAUCUCUAUACAGCCUGAAGUUUAUCAGCAAAAAGGACAUGAGUGUUGGGAAUAAUUUCAACUAUAUAGUGCAUAUUAGUUAAGGCCCAGCGCUUUGACUCCACUGCUUGGCUUACUCCACAAAAUUUGAAUGAUACUCUGGAAGUCAGAGCUGCAUCCUUAUUCACUAAUGUCUUUUUUAAACUAAUUCACUAACAAAUUGUAUCUUUGAUAGACUUCUUGAAACGAGGGGGAGGGAGAAGUUUUAUAAAAUCUUCUACUCCAUGUAGUUGAAUGGUGAAAAUUCUACAGGUAGAAGAUCUUUUUAGCUUUUGUUGCUCAUUCUUUUCAUAAGAUUAAGUUUGUAUGAACCCUUGUUUAUGCUGGUCGUAAUUAAGGGCUUUGAAAUGCCAAACCCUUUAUUUAGAAAUUAAUCUCAGGAAAAGUCAGAACCAUAUUUCCAUCUUUGAUAGUUCACGA